AUGAAUAGCCUGGUGUCUGAGACUGUUACUGUGAACUGGAGGUACAUCGCAGAAGGCGGCUCGGCCAUCGUCUUCUCCUACGUUGGUCCGGUGCAUCCAUUGUUCACCAACAAAGUCCUUCGUCUGCGCAAGAUCGCGGUCAAACCAGCCACAAUCGACGUACCCGCACCUGCCCCGCGACGGGGUGACCUUGACGAUCCUGUUAUUGCCUUCCAGGAGGUGGCCAUACGCCGACUCGUUCCAGACGAGUUUCUGCCGCAUGUCCAGGUCGUGAAGGUUGACAAGGCAUGGGUGCAGCUGUUGGCUGAAGCGGCAGAGGCGAGUCGUCCCGAAGCAAGGAGAGUGGAGGAUAGGGUCGACACAGACAGAGAGACAGCAGUCCUCGCCGACAACCUGAUUGGUGGAUCUGGUUGUGCUGUCGAGAUCAAGCCAAAGUGGGGCUUCCUCCCUUGUCCUGACCUCUUUUCCCCCACCACUCGCUCGAUCAAGACACGCACCUGCCGCUUCUGCAUGCACGCACGCAUGAAGGGCGCCGCGGAGAAAGACGUUCCAUCCGAUUUUUGUCCCUUGGACUUAUAUUCAGGCAACGAAAGUCGUGUUCGCGUAGCGCUCCGUGCGCUGUGGGAUGCGUGGGUACGAACGGAGGGUGGUAUAAACAACCUCAGGAUCUUUGCGAAUGGACGCGUCCUCAAGCCGGCGUCAGAUUCUCUCCUUGCACCUGCGACAGAGGUCAUGCCGGACCCAUCACUAGACACGCUCCGCACUCAGUUCUGUGACGCGCUCCUCCCCUUCCUCCUAAACACCCCCGUUCUGCGCUUACUCUCCUUCCGUCAACGCACACUCGAUCCGCUCGACAUCGAGGGCCUCUCUGCAUUUUGGGGGCGCAUACACUCGGAUGAUGAAAGCGACCCGCCUCUCGGCUUCAGCGAAGCGGAACCCACACCAGAGGAAUGGACGCGCUUCAUUGAUAAGUACCUCGUGGUAUGCGACACUUGUGUCGGCGUGAAAGCCGAGCCGGAGCCUAACAAGGCGGAGCUCAGGUAUCACUGUCUGGCUUACUUGCUCUCAGCAACAUUCAAGGACUGCUCACUGAUGAUCCGUAUGGGAAACCGAGCUGGCACCGUGUCGCUAGACGGCGGCGCGGGUGAUCCAGUGGAUGCGGACCAGCAGGACCCACAUACACGCGCGAUCGCGCCGUCGGAGGUGAAGCUCAUCGAUCUGGACAUCAAAAGCAUCAAGCGUCUGGCAAAAUGGGAGAAGCUGGAUCGAGAGAUCGCGACCGCGCACGCGCAGGUUGAGGCGCCUCGAACAUGCGUGGAUUCUCUUGCGGGAAUACGCAUCUCCCCAUGA